AUGGAUCACAUUCAAUUAGUUAACAGCCAAAUUGACAUCAAUCACAUUCAUAACCUGUUGAUCGAUGAGAGUUGCGGCGCUUCUUCGGUUUUUGUGGGAACAACACGUGACAACUUCGAUGGGAAAAAAGUUAUAUCCUUGGAAUACGAAUCGUAUGAGAAAAUGGCCCUCAAGGAGAUGAGUAAAAUCUGCUCUCAGCUGCGAGCCCGUUGGCCCGAUCUUAAACAUAUUGCUAUAUACCAUCGUCUCGGAACAGUUCCUGUCAAGGAAGCGAGCGUUGUUAUUGCCACAUCUGCGCCACAUCGCGCAGCCGCCUUGGAAUCCGUUACUUUUGCCGUAGAGCAACUGAAAUCACGCGUCCCCAUCUGGAAAAAGGAGAUAUAUGAAAACGACACAAUUGGAGAGUGGAAGGAAAAUAUGGAGUGCCCCUGGCCGCCAGAAUAUUCUAAAGCAUCUUUGAGGACAUUCGAUUUUUCCUCUUGCAAAAUUAAACAGACAAUAGAAAAUAUUCCAGAUAAAUUAGUACAAAUCCGCGUCAAUGACAGCGAUUUGAAUAAGCGUGUCAAAUGUUUCUUGAAACGGAAACGAGAUGAAAUAAAUCUGCACAAUAUAAAUGAUUUCAAGCAGCAGUCAAGCCAAAUCCCUUGCGAAGAAACCACAACGUUUUCAUGUGCCCGUACUCAAAGUUUUCUUGUAAAACAACAGCAAUCAAGUGGACACCUAAAAGUACGACGCGCGAAUAACUGCUGUGGGCCACAAGUGCGGCCGAACUAUUCACUCCAAUUAAAUAAGCUAAUGACACCGCAAUCCGAUUGUGACGAUUUAAUUGAAUACAAACUGGGAAAUUCACGUCUUCGAAAUAUAGAAGCUUACAUGUGCGUUAGCCCCGAUGAUGACAAUAUUUUAAAUCGCAUUAAGAACAUAGAAGAUAGAAUUUUAUUAAUAGAAUCCACAUCUCCAGAAUAUAAACAUUUUGUACAAUUUGGCACGGAUUCGGAGAAAACUUGUCUUAAAAAGCCAAAAAAAGAAGUUUACUUGACGGAUAGGAUAAAUGAGUUUUUAACUAAGAUUAAAAGGGAAAUUGAACAAUAAAUCACAUUAAUUUACAAAAGUUAAUUAGUUUUACAAAAAUUAUAAAAUUAUAAUUAUUAUUUGAAUUGAAAAUGCACUCUGAUUUAGAAUUUGAUUAUUUUGUUAAUGUGGAUUAAAAACAAUCCGUAGUUUAUGUAAAAAAAAUUAAUAAAUACAAAUUUAAAUUGAAACAUAAAAUAAAGGAAAAAAGAACUAAGAUAUGGAAAUA